AUACGGCUGCAGCUAUUGGUGCAACAGCACCAAGCACACGACCUCCCAAUGCCAAGAUCAAGGCACGGAGGAUGUUCGACCUCGAACCAACUCGAGAAACUUAGCUGCGUAGGAGGGACGGCGACUUCAUCUCUCACUCCGCUAGAUUCGGCCGCCUUGCUAGCGGCCUCCUACACAUCUAGGGAGAAUGCGGAUGCUGCAAGUCCUCGGUUCACUUACGAGGAUUAUGCUGUCCACUUGGUCCCACCGUUGCAAGACUCCACCGCAUGCACGGUUUCAUCACCAUCGGCAACCGAUUCAGCAGCUUCACCGCCAACUUUAGUCAGGGAUUCGACGUCAUGGUCAAGACUUGAGAAACUCGACCCGUUGACGUUUGCGGACUACCAGUGGAUGCCCCUUCCCCCCACCGGUCGAUUGCUGAAACCGCAUUGCAAUGUGCUCAUGGCACAAUUGCGGGAUUACUUGCACACUACAGUACCAGCUCCAUUGAUGGACGCCGGAGUAGAGGUUGUUGACCUUCGCGACUACAUUACGAAGAUCGACCUCGAGUUCAAGACACAACGGUAUGACAGCAACGACGCACGAGUGAUGUACAUACACAUUCAGAUUGGAAAAGCGACCUGCAACGCUUUGAUCGAUUGCGGAGCCACUCACAACUAUAUGAGCCAAGAUUUUUUGGUACGUGCUGGCCUGGGGCUACUCGUUCGGAGGAAGUCGCAACCCACACAAGUCACGUUAGCCGACGGUCACACGCACAAGUCAAUCGACUGGUGCAUUGAUUCCGUCCUCGUGUACUUCGUCCCGCAUGCAAGUGAGGCGGUGUCCUUCGACAUUUUUGACACCAAGUUCGACAUGAUUUUGGGCAUGUCGUGGCUGAAAAGUGAGGAUCACGUGGUGAACUUCUACCACCGCACCGUUCACAUUCGUGAUCGGAACGGAGUACUAGUCCCGUGCACGGUGCCUCCACCUCACCCUUUGAUCAACUAUCAUGUGGUGUCCGCCGCGAGCAUUCGAGUUUCCAUCACCCGAGACGACAUCGAGGAGAUGGGUGUGUAUUUUCUCCACAACCUCCCUUCGCAUGACAUCCCAUCGACGGACGCAUCGAUGGACCCAUGCAUCACCGAGCUUCUAGACGCCUACGGUGACGUUUUUGAAGCCCCGCACGGAGUAGUACCGGAUCGGUCAAUCAGCCACGAGAUCAUCCUCGAGGCCUGGGCCGUACCUCCGCAUGGUUGCAUCCACCACAUGAGCGAGGAAGAGUUAAGUGUGCUACGGGCACAACUCAAUGACCUUCUUAAGAAAGGAUGGAUUCGAUGUAGCUCUUCGCCAUACGACACUCCCGUUCUCUUCGUCCGGAAGAAGAACAAGGACUUGCGAUUGUGCAUCGAUUAUCACAAGCUUAACUCGCAAACCAUCAAGAACACCGGCCCUCUUCCACGCAUUAACGACCUCCUCGAACGCGAAAAGCUGGUUGACUUACUCAAGUUAGUGGAGGAAAGGCGGCAUGAUCCUCAGGAGGCUCAAAAGGUCACUGACGCGAUCCUGACUUUGAGCGCUCAAUCGUUCAAAUCAGUUAGGGAGGCCAUAGACGCAGUAGAGCGUCUGAUCUGUGUUCUUGGGGUUCGCUAUGACCCCCAAGUCUUACUGACAACUUACCUGAGGUGUCUGGCGAUGCCAAUCAGGAAUCAGUUGGCAGUUGAGGCUAAUAUCAACAUGCACAACUUUCCCUCGUUUAGCAAGAAGGCCCUAGACCUUGAAGCUAAGAUAGGGCAUGGACAUAACCCAGCGACGGACAGGAGAAAGAAGACCCUGCCUCCUAACUGGAAAGCCAAGGGUCGCAUUAUGUUUGUCGACAAUGAUGGGUCAACCAUUGAGUUGGACGAUGACCCCCAGUUAGGAGUAGGUGCAGAGGCAGGUGGCGAAACUUCAGAGGGUGGAGUAGUCAUCGCCGUAACCCAACAAAAAGAAGGGUUGAAGCCCGAUGACGCGAAGGUGGCCAGCAUUCGUGAUUGGCCACGUCCUCAGUCUGUGACUGAGAUGAGAUCUUUCUUAGGGAUGACCGGCUACUAUAGGACUUUCGUAAAGAACUAUAGCAUAGUGGUCACCCCUUUGACUGAUCUGACCCGCCUUGACACCCCAUGGGAGUGGACAGAUGAGUGCGAGGCUGCUUUCAGACAUCUGAAGCAUACGUUAACCCACUACGAGGUCUUGAAACUUCCUGAUCCUGACAAGCUAUUUGUAGUCACUACGGAUGCCAGCCAAUAUGGCAUUGACGCCGUGCUUGCGCAACAGGAGGGGCCAAAGUUGAGGCCAGUCGAGUACAUGUCGAAGAAAAUGUCGUCUCAGAAGUUGGCAAAGUCCACCUAUGAGAAGGAACUUUACGCCGUGUACAAGGCUUUGACCCAUUGGAGACAUUAUCUCCUUGGGAGGUUCUUUAUCCUCAGGACUGAUCAUCCGACCUUGAGAUGGAUGAGAACACAGUCGGUGCUUUCCGAUGCUCUAAAGCGUUGGAUCGAAGUCAUCAAACAAUAUGACUUCGACCCCCAGUAUCUAAAAGGAGAGUACAUCAAGGUUGCAAAUGUCUUGUCACGUAGACCUGAUUUCUCAGACCUCAAGUGCAGUUGCAGGCAAGGAGAUCAGGAUAAGGACUAUCCCGGCGGACCCCUGUGGGUCGACCACGCCAUCUGGUACCUCUUAGCGCACCCAGACGUCCUCUUUCCCACGUCAUCCUCGAUCAAAGUCAGGACGUCGAUGCUAGUCCAUUACCUUAGGACCACGUGGCGGGAGGUUGUGACGGGUUGCAUCACAUUCCUGUUCGUUAGAGAGAUCAUGAUGGAUUUCAUCGAGGCGCUGGAGCAGGACCCGCAGCGCACAGCCGAGACGGUGAUCAGGGAUGAACGGCUGUGGAGGUAUCAACUCCCACCGACACUUGGCAGACUCCUCCUUCCGACGAGGAUCCUUGACAGACCAAGGAGGGUCCUGCCACCCCCCAGGGGUAGGAACCCAAUCGCUCAGAUUCCGGGACAGGGCAGACUCAACUUCCAAAUGGUCAACAGGGCGGUCGGUGAUGUACCACCAGUAGCUGCGCAGGCGCAGCCCGCACAAGAGCAGGCUGAUCACGGCACGGCGCACGCAGGCCAGCAGCGGCAGCAGCCCGUCUUACAGCAAGCACAGCGAUUGAAGGAGACUGCUGCUGAUCUACUGGCAGCAGCGGCAGGAUGCAGCAGUGGCCUCGCCCUCCAUAGGCAAGAACGGACUCAGCCACCAAGGGGCAGCAUCGUCCAGCAGGGGAUUACGCGGGGCGAACAUGAGCGAACGGGAGCAGGGCAGCGACCUUCUCAGCAGAGCGGGCAGCCACCUAUUCUCGCCACCCCAGUAUCGGCACGACGGCUGGCAGCGCGGCUUCCGCUAACACGCGGAGAGAAGAAGAGGGCGUCAGAGGAUACGUCGGACAUUGACUAAGUGCACUCGCAGCCGAGCAAAAGGCAGAGGAGGAAGACCACCCACAACAGGGGUAUUCAGAUUUUGACACCGUAAUUGGACAGCACCACUCCUCACAAGUAACCUCCGUCAUCCCUAAGUUAGAUCUGCACAGAUAGGAUCAGCGCAAUUGGAUGCACGGACACCCCCCCUAGCACAGGUCUGCAGUAGUAUGUGAGCUGCAAUAGUGCACGCAGCAUAGUAUAGGGAACUGGGCUUACCGGCUAUGCAUCCUGCAGCAGGAAGGGAGCUCGUUUCGUCAAUUGUUUUUGAUUAACCCCUGCAGGUUUGCACAUCGAUAGGUGUUGAGGUGCCUUAAUGAAUAGCAUCGAACGCU